AUGACUACAAAUUCGGAACCAUUUGAUAAUACAAUAAAUCUUCUUCGUAAACAUUACGAAGAACUUAAAGAAGAUAAUAGAAGAUUAAAAGAAGAAAUUGAAGAAAUAAAAGAAAUAAAUAAUUUAAUUAAUAAUAAUCAAAAAAUCAAUCCGGAUCUUUCAAAUUAUGUUAAACUUUUUCAAUCUCAUAAAGAAUUACAAGAAAAGUUUAAUUCUUUAUCAUCACAAAAACAAAUAAUUGAAAAACAACUUGAAGAUAAUAUAAAAUUAAUUGAAACUAAAGAAAAUGAAAUAAAGAAUUUAAUUGAAAAUAAUUUAAAUUUAAAAAAACAAGCUUCAAAAUAUCAAUUUGCACUUGGAGAUGCAAUAAAUUAUCAAUUGGGUGAUGAUGAUAAUAAUAAUUCAGUUAGAUUAAAUGAUAAUAUUAUUCGAUUACAAGAUGAAAUAGAUGAUUAUAUUACCACUUUAAGAUCUUCAAAAACAAGAAUUCAUUUUAAAAAAGUUAAUCAACUUUUUUCUAAAUAUCAAUGUAAUUUAAAAAUGAAUUCUAGAACUAAAGAAAUAACUCUCAUUAAAGCAUUAUUACAACGUCAUGUAAUCGAAUUCAUUCUUAAAAAUACAAUUAAAUAUUUUGAGAAUUUUAUUAAUGAUAAUAAUAACAUUCUUUCACUUGAAUAUGAAAUUAAUUCUAAAGUUAAUGAAUUAAUGAAUUUAACUUAUAAAUUUUCAAAAUCUCGUUUUGAAAUUAAUAAUGUUACUUUAGCUGUUCCUAUUAAAGUAAGACAACAAAUUUUUGCUAUUUUAAGUAAUCAUGGUUUUUCUGAUAUAAUUGAUGAUAAUAAUUUAAGAUAUGAACAUAAUUUUAUUAAUCAAUUUAAGAAUGAUCUUAAUCAAGAAAUAAAUUCUUAUAGAGAAUUAUUGGAUCCUAAAUUAAAAGAAAAAAUUGAAAAAAAUUCUUCUAUUAUAAUUCGUGAUAUUAUUAGAUUAUUUUUCUUUAGUUUUAAAACUCAAGAACCAAUUGUUAAAUGGAAAUGGUUUAAUAAUAAUGAUAAAUUUAAUCCAAUUCAAAUGACUGGUUCAUUGGAUGAUGAUGAUGAUAUUGAAAAUUCUUUUGUUGAAAUAUGUAUAUUCCCUCUUAUUUAUAAAGAUUCUGAUUGUUCUUCAAAAUUACAAGUUUAUACUCCCGCAAAAGUAUAUAUUCGUGAAAAUAACUAUUCAGAUGAAGAAAAUGUUGAUGAAGAUGAUGAUGAGGAAGAAGAAGAAACAAAAAAAGGUGAAGAAACCAAAGAUAAAGAGGAAGAAACCAAGGAAAUUAAGAAGGAAAUAAUCAAAGACAAGGAAAUCAAAGAAAUUGAGAAAGAAAUAAAUAAAGAAGAGGAAUCUAAAGAAAUUAAAGAGGAAAAUUUUACUAAAGAAAAUGAAACAAGAGAUGGAGAAAUAAUCAUAAUAAUCGGAGAGAAGGAGAACAAAGAAAUCAAAACUAAAGAAAUUGAAGAGGAAAAUUUUAUCAAAGAAAAUGAAACGCAAGAUGGAGAAAUAAAUAGAGAGAACAAAGAAAUUGAGAAAGAAAUAAAUAAAGAAGAGGAAUCUAAAGAAAUUAAAGAGGAAAAUUUUACUAAAGAAAAUGAAACAAAAGAUGGAGAAAUAAUUACAGAGAAGGAGAACAAAGAAAUCAAAACUAAAGAAAUUGAAGAGGAAAAUUUUAUCAAAGAAAAUGAAACGAAAGAUGGAGAAAUAAAUAGAGAGAACAAAGAAAUUGAGAAAGGAAUAAACAAAGAAGAGGAAUCUAAAGAAAUUAAAGAGGAAAAUUUUACUAAAGAAAAUGAAACAAAAAAUGGAGAAAUAACCACAGAGAAGGAGAACAAAGAAAUCAAACCUAAAGAAAUUGAAGAAGAAAAUUUUAUCAAAGAAAAUGAAACGAAAGACGGAGAAAUAAACAAAGAGAAGGAAAACGAAAAGGAUCAAACUAAAGUAAUUAAUGAGGAAAUAAAUAAAGAAGAAGAAACCAAAAAGAAGGAAAUCGAAAUCAAAAGUGAAGAAAAUAAAAAAUCAGAAGAAAAGAAACCCAAGAAGAAAAGUAUUAUGAGUAAAAUUUUUAAAUCUAGAAAUAAAAAAUCAAAAGAUUCGACUAAAUAA